GACGGGAGGUGAAGGCUGCUGGGCAAAGAAGGAGGGAAGGAAGAAGAGUGAGGGGCUCGCCGUUGCCGUGGUGACGCCCAGGCACGUGUGCAGUCCCGGAAGUGGCUCCAGGAAGCGGCCGCACGGUGGGGGGGGAGGAAGUGCCGGCCCGGCCCGGCCAUGGAGCGGCCGCUGCCGCCGCCGCCGCUGCCCGCGCCCCGGUCCCGGCCCCGCCGCCUCCUCCUCCUCCUCCUCCUCCUGCUGCUGCUGCUGCUGCUGCUGCUCCCGGCCUCCGAGCUGGGCGCCUCGGCUGAAGAGGCCGAUUGGGUCCGACUGCCCAGCAAGUGCGAGGUGUGCAAGUAUGUAGCUGUGGAACUGAAGUCAGCUUUUGAGGAAACAGGCAAGACCAAGGAAGUGCUGGACACAGGCUAUGGCAUCCUAGACCAGAAAGCCUCCAGAGUCAAAUAUACCAAAUCGGAUCUUCGGUUAAUUGAAGUAACUGAGACCAUCUGCAAGAGACUUCUGGACUAUAGCUUGCAUAAGGAAAGGAGUGGCAGCAACCGGUUUGCUAAGGGCAUGUCUGAGACUUUUGAAACACUUCACAACCUAGUCCACAAAGGGGUGAAGGUGGUGAUGGACAUUCCCUAUGAACUGUGGAAUGAGACUUCGGCUGAGGUAGCUGACCUUAAAAAGCAGUGCGAUGUGCUGGUGGAGGAAUUUGAGGAAGUGAUUGAGGACUGGUAUCGGAACCACCAGGAAGAAGACCUAACCUCUUUUCUCUGCGCCAAUCAUGUGCUAAAGGGGAAAGAUACAAGUUGCCUGACAGAGCAAUGGAUCAACAAGAAAGGGGACACAGCAGCCCUGGGAGGGAAGAAAGCCAAGAAAAAGGGGGGCAAAGGCAAGGUGUCCAACAAGAAGAACAGCAAGCAGAGGAAGGAUCCAAGAAACCUAGAUGAGGACCCUCAUCCCGAGGAGGAUGAGGGCGUCCAGAAAGCCACCCCUCUUACACACAGCCCCACCGAUGAACUGUAGAAUCCAACCAUGCACCCCACCUACUGCCCCAGGGGUGCAGAGGGAAGCCCUUGGCUGAGGGAGAAUCUUAUUUUCUCUUGUGCCUCUGGCAGACAAGGAUGGACUCCCCGGCUGUGGGGGUUCACUGCACCCCCUGCUGUGCCCUUGUCUCGCUGAGGAUUACAAAGCCUGCCCUUCCUUUUCCCUUCCUGGCAGCUGCUUCUCCCCUGGGCUUGGAAGAAGAGCUGUGUGGUGGCCCCAGAGCUAAAAACUGCAUUGUAAACCUUCGAGGGAUGGGUCUGAGCAUUGCCGAGCCCUCAGGGAGGACUCCAUCCCUCAUUGUCCCAUUGGUGCACCCCCACCUUCUUCCAGUGGGGGUGGUUCAGCAGCACCACUCCCCCUGCAUCAGAAACACCUCUCUCCUGGCCCCAGUCCUACCAGGAAGGCCUUCCUCACCCUAGUCCUGGUUGAGGCCGUCUUCCCCAGGGCUCUAGCCUCCCCCCCCCAGCCAUGUGAUGCCCAGUCUCUACCCCUCCCCAACCCAUUUUACUGCACAAUGUGCAGAGUAAAAAAUAUUUGGCCUUUUUA